AGAGAGACUUUCAGCACUCUCCAUGUUUUGGUGCACUUUAAAUCUACACUGAAUUUAAUAAUCACGUUCACGAAUUUCAUUGUUUAUAGCAUCCUGUGCUGUGUGUCUGUCUUGUCUGGAAUCUUAAAAGAAGUCGGCAUGGAAGAAGUGAACAAUUCUCAGCAUUCAAUGGGAAGUGGACAGCAGCAUCAGCAUCCAGUAAACCACACAAGGCCCUUUUUCUAUGUACAACCACCUUCUCAACCUUAUUACUUGUAUCAAUGGCACAUGAACAACCCUUUUGGUCACUAUGGCUUCCAUGGAUCAGGUUUGCCCUUUGGACGUCCUUACUUGCCCCCUUAUUCAUACAUGCAUUAUCCAGGAUACAUACUUCCGCAGGCACCUGUGCAACCAAUGGAUUACAGAAGAAUGUUCCCUCAUUUCCCUUCUGCUGGGGGUUAUGAUUUAAGAUUUAGAUAUCAUCAGACUCGCAUACGAAGGGAAACUACUACUUCAGAGGUUCAAACAGAGCCCAAUGAAGCUGUAGAGAAGCUGAGUGAAUGCCUUGGAAAAAUGGAGGCUUGUGAUAUAAGUGUAGAAAAAGAGAUGGAUUCUGGAGUAGCUUCUCAAGCCCCUGGAGAAUUGGGGACACAGUAUGAACAACCUAGUCCACAGCCUCAGAGGAUUUCAAAAUCUGGUAACACUAUUUUUAGUGACUUGGCAGGUACAGCUUAUGCAGAUGCCAAUCUCUGCAACCGUAAUGCAUCACAACGUGAUGAGUGGUCUGUUAGUUCUUGUGAUGGAGUGUCGCCACUUGAUACUUCCUCAGUUCAUGAAGAUGUCUGUCAUAAAGAUACCUGUUUAGAAGAGCAAGAGGAGCAAUGUGUGCCAUCCUCUUCACCCAUAAUGUGCCAGCCAUGUGUGAAAGUGGACUUGUCCAGUAAACCUGAGAAAACUUUGCUGGCUAAGGACACUCCUACAGGGGUUUUCUUUCAAGAUCUUGGCCAAGGUAAGGAUGGUGUUGAAUCUGAGUCAUCUCAUGACCCUUCUGAUAACUGGUUGGUUAAUGAUGGUAUUGCACAAGAGUGCAAAAAUGAAUACAAACUACCUGCUUUACAGGCCAAUGUAGAGAAGACCUCCCAGGAUUCAAAAUCUCAUGAAGACCUUGUACAUGAUGAAGAGCUGCACUUUAGAAUUCUGAAACUUCCUUUUCACACCAUCCUAGCAGGUGGGGAGAUGGAUAAAGAAAAUCCUUUAUGGUCUGUGGACUCUCUUUCCAAUCUUAUUACCCCUUCAACUUUGUUAUCAACAUUUGGGAAUGCAUACUAUGGCUACUAUCCACAAGUGGCACAAGAACGCCAAAGUGUCCUCAGUGCAUCUCUGGAUGAGCUUUCCUCGAGAGAUGAGAUGUUUUCAACUGAUGUAGAAGACAUGGAUUUAGUGCCUGGCCAUAUAUACACAGGGAAAUCACUUGGUCAAGACAAUGUAGAGGAGCAAGAUCAUGUUGACAAGGGCUUUUUGGAAGAGGAAUGUCCACUUUGUCCCCGACAAAGAACUUGUGCAACUUGUGGCUGUUGCCUGUCACAGGAUGCACAUGGUGGGUUAGAAGCGGAGAAUGAUACAAGUGAGGAGAUAACUGAUAUUGUUGAAGACUGUGAGUCUGACUCUAUAAAGAAAGUCAGAGAUUCCAGGAAAGUGACCAAUCUAAAGAGAACAUCCCAUUUAAAGCGUUCCAUUUCUUCCUGUAGUGCAAUUAAGCACUCUUCAAAGCUAAAGCCAAAGAAAAAUUUAGAUGAAGUUGAAGGCUCAGUAUCUCCAGAUGAGCAGCAUCAAAACUUUCCUGGUCUGGGUAAGGAGUCCUGUGAGGAGCAUAAGAUCUCAUCCAAAUCAGAAAAGCAUAGAGGCCAAGACCAUCAUGUUCAUCAAAAAUGUCAGAUGGAAAGACCAUGUAAAAAUACAGUGAUGUCUGACCAGGAAAGUUGGGAAAGCUAUGGGGCAAAGCCAAGGAGUAAACCAUGGAAAACUUAUCCAAAGGCCAGAGACCAAGAACGGCCCCCUAGGAGAAAAAUGUCUUGCAAAACAGUUGUGUACCAAAGGCCAAGGAGAAAUGAAUAUGAUGAGAAUGAGGAGGGUGAGAUUCCAAGAAUUCAAAGAGGCAGAGGAUCCAGCAAGAGAAGAGGCACAAGAUAUUGACUUUUGCCACAGCUGCACUUUACCACAAGCACAAUUCUGCACAUGGAGCACUUGUAACUGGA